UUAAAAAUCAAAAAAAAUUUUUAGCUAUUGUAUAAUUAGCGUUUAAUCAAUUCAAAAUCAACAAAAUGCAAUGUAAAUAAGUUCCCACUGUGUUUCCGUUCAUAUAUGUCUUCAUGUUGUUUCGCGUAACGUAACCAACUGCUGUCUGAACAAUCCUACCCCGUUUGAGAGAAAAAAAAAAAUGGACUCAUUUAAGCUUUAAGGCUCCGCGCACUUGUGCUGGCCACCAAACGAGAAUAUUUAUUCGGAACGCAGCAAAGCAAACAUAAUGCUUCAGUAUAAAAACACGAACACAACGCUAGCCAGUGCGGUCAAUAACAAUAACAAUGGGCAAGCGAACACUGCCACGCCCGCCGCCUCCGCUAAGGCAGCAAAUAGUGCGGGCGCCGUCACGAAUACGUCGACUGCUGCUGCACCCGCACCGCAAAUGCAACAGAUCAUCAACAUACAUCAGAUGCCGCCACAGUUUAUGCAGGCAGCGCAACUGCAGCAGGCUGGCGGUGCCACCACCGUGUCCGGCCUGCCGCAGAACAUGUUCCAGAUUGUGCAGCCGAUGGGCAUGCAAACGGUCAACAUUGACGGGCAGGAGGCCAUCUUUAUACCCAAUCUAAAUGCACAGCUGGCCACUGCGCAGGCAGUCAACAUAAAUGGCCAGCAGGCGUUCAUAACGCCCAACGGCCAGAUAGUGCGGGCGCCACAGGCGCUGCCCACGCACGAUCCCACCCAGACGCAGCUGUUCACCAUACCCGGCACAAACAUACAAAUACCGCUGGCGAAUAUUGUGCAGCAGCAGCCGCAACAACAACAGCAGCAGCAACAACAACAACAGCAGCAGCAGCCGCAACAGUCUGCCACGCCAGGACUCGCACUCCAAGCCCAGGCGGCGGCGGCGGCACAGCAGCAACAGCAACAACAGCAGCAGCAGCACAACCAGGCGACUGGCGGUGCGGCGGCGGGGCAAACGAUCACCAUUCCCGGCACCAACAUACAAAUACCCGCCUCUGUGGCCGCCGCAAACGGGCUGCUGGGCAACAUAACGAAUCUGCUGGGCGGAGCGCCCACCACAAUUAAGCUGGAGAACGGCCAGACACUACAGAAUAUACAAUUGCGCGCCGCAGCGCCUGGUGCGGCACAGCAGCUGCUGCAGUUUCCGCAGCCAGCGCCGGCGGCGGCACCGACGCUGCAGCAAACGGUGGCCGUGCAGAUACCCGUGCAAACGGCCAACGGCCAGACCAUCUACCAGACGGUUCACGUGCCCGUUCAGGCGGCCGCGGCGCCAGCGACACCAGCGCAGCCCACCUUGUCGAAUCUGACGCAAUCAAUCCAGGCGCUGCCCGCCUCCAUGCAGCAGGCGGCUGCCCAAAUGCAGAUCAUACCACAGUUUGCACAAAUUGCCCAAAUUGUGACGCCCAACGGGCAAAUCCAGCAGGUUCAGUUGGCGCCGCUAAAUGCACUCAACUAUUCGCAGCUGCCGCCGAAUGCGAAUAUCAUACACAUACAGAAUCCGCAGCAACAUCAGCAGUUCGUGCAGUCGCAGCCCCAGCUGCAGCAGCAGCAGCAACAGGCGCAACAACAACAGCAGCAGCAGCAACAGGCGCAACAGCAGCAACUGCAGCAGCAAACGCAGCAACAACAACAGCAACAGCAGCAGCAACAACAGCAACAGGCGGCGGCAGCAGCUGCGGCUGUGCAACAACAGCAACAGCAGCUCUUCAAUGCCAUCAAUGAGGCGGGCGGGCAAUUGCCGGCCAAUCAGCCCAUAACCAUAACAAAUGCACAGGGACAACAGUUGACGGUGAUACCGGCACAGCAGCUGCAACAGUUGCAGCAGCUGCGGGCGAAUCAAAUGCAGCUGCAAACGGGCAAUCUGCAGGCGCUGCCCAUACAGAAUAUACCCGGUCUGGGUCAGGUGCAGAUCAUACAGGCGAAUCAAUUGCCCGCGAAUAUGGCUGCCAACUUUCAGCAGGUGCUCACACAGCUGCCCAUGCCGAUGCAGACGACAACAACUAGCGCGGUGGGCAAUCAGGCGCAGCAUGCACCAGCACUGACCAUGCUGCCCAAGCAGGAGCCACAGAGUCCCACACAGCUGAUCACGAGCAUUAAACAGGAGCCGCCAGAUGCAACCGUCUCGAAUACAACUAACAACACAGUCCAGCAGCCGCAACAGAUCAAGUUCAUAAUGCCACAAUCGCCGCAGCAGCAGCAACAGCAGCAGCAGCAGCAGCUGAUUGGAGCUGAUGGAGGCAGCAACAGCAGCAGCUGUCUUCCGGCCGUGACAAUCCCAGCCUCCAUACAGAUAACCGCCUUGCCUUCACCGGCGCCGCCGGCGACGGCACGCAGCACGCCCAAGCUGACCAUGACCAGCAUAGGCAGCAGCAGCAAUACCAGCACACAGAUAACCAUGAGCUCGGCCGGGCAAAUGGUGGCGCGUGCCAAGCAGCUGAAGCAAGUGACGCAGCCAGCGACGGCGGCGUCGACGGCGACCAGCGUCAAUGUGAACAUCAAUGUGGGCGAGAGCAUGGUGCCGGAGAUCAAGCCGCGGCUGAAGCGCGUCGCUUGCACCUGUCCCAACUGCACCGACGGGGAGAAGCAUUCGGAUCGCAAGCGUCAGCACAUCUGUCACAUACCCGGCUGCAGCAAGGUCUACGGCAAGACUUCGCAUCUGCGCGCCCAUUUGCGCUGGCAUACGGGCGAGCGUCCGUUUGUCUGUUCCUGGGUGUUUUGCGGCAAGCGCUUCACGCGCUCCGAUGAGCUGCAGCGGCACAGACGCACGCACACGGGCGAGAAGCGUUUCCAGUGCCGCGAAUGCAACAAGAAGUUCAUGCGCAGCGAUCACCUGUCCAAGCACAUCAAGACGCACUUUAAGACGCGCUCGAGCGUUGAACUCAUCGAGCUGAACAUUAAGCAGGAGCCGAAAAUCAAUGCGCCCAAAAGUAUUAGCACCAUGAGCGGCAUCGUGACCAUUGAGAUACCGACGAGCGGACCGGCGGCCAAUGGCAGCGGCGCCUCCAGCGUGGCGGCAACAGUUGCGGGCUCAACUGUAACGGCAGCGCCGGGCGGCGCAACAAUCGUGCAGCUGCCCACAUUGAGCGGCGAUGAUGGCGUUGGCGGCGCCUCCACGGACAGCUUUGGCGAGGACGAUGAACUGGACGACGAGGAGCUGACCGAAGAGGAUGACGAGGAACUCACCGAAGAGGAUGAAGAGGACGACGAGGAGGAUAGCGGCGAUGAGGAGAAAAUGACCAUCUCUGUCAGCGAACUGGGCGAAAACUCAUCCAACUAGCAUUCGGAAUCGCUGUUCAUGGAACAGUUCAUCUUCGAUCACUUCCCAUAGCCCAUGCUAAACGAAUUGCAGCCUGUACAGUGGAUACCUAGCAUAGCCUGGCCCAACAGAUGCGACUAAUUGUAUUUAUGUAAUGUGUUUAUGUAAAUCUUUGUAUAUAGUUCAGAAAUGAGAAAUAAGUUAUCCUUCGGCUAGCCGAAGCACACAAAAAUCCUUGCAGAGGUCAAGUAAGUUUAUUUUUCAAUCAAUUACAGCCUCUUAAUUUUGUAUAUAAAAUUAGGCUGUAACAUUUU